ACAAGGCGAGGGGACGCACGCUAAUUAAGGGAACAUAAGAGCAGGACUGCAAGCAUGUCAGCGUCCUUGUAGAGGCAUGUUUAGGAAGCUCAAUAAUGUGUUCCGACCCAACCACCAUGGAAACAGAGGCCGGAGUGACGGUGGGCUUCAGGGCGACUAUCACCACGCCUGCACGGUCCGGCUGGUCCGCAGCACCUCGAUGCUGGUGGUGGGGGAGAAAAGUCGCUCUUCUGAGGGGUCAACGCUGAAAAGGAGCAAGAGCAGUGUGAGCAUCGAGUCAACGCUGUACUAUUACCAGAGACAAGAGGACAGGAUUUGGCUGUACUCACAGAACCAGAACUGUCUGGAGUACCUGGAGGCAUUGGUGGCUCUGAGGAGGCAGUACACAAAGAGUGUUAGUGACCUAAAGAGCAACGAUGCCAAGGCCACCGCGUCCCCCAAAAAGAAACCCGCACCCCCACCUCCAAGGAUGGAGGAACCGAUAUCAAGAGCCAAACCAUCAACACCUCCAGUCCCCACUGAGGAGGACACUCUGGAGUUCUUUGACGAGGUUAUCGCCAGCUGUGACAGCGAACCUCAGCGUAAACCCUACCGGGACGACGGCCACGCAGAUGUAGACUUCAUAGUGGCCUCCAGCUCAGCUGAGCACGACCUCCACUCCAACUGGGUGCUGAGGGUCCCACGGGUCGCAGACGACUCGGAACAGAGAGCGGUUCCCAACUGUGCCAAUGAAAGCGCCUCAAACAAGAAGAAGAAAAAGAAGAAGAGCCUGACUGGUUCCACAAGCAGCAGACUACAACUUCAGAGGAACCCGAUCCAUCUGCCCAAAGUGGUGGAGAGUGCAUUCCAGACCCUGCGCUUCAAGCCCAAAUUAAAAAAGCAGUGAAGCUUAAGUGGACUUCUGAAACCUGCAGCACUGCCGGGACGCUGACGGAGCUCCGCCUAAAAAUGUUUGCUACAGACCGUGUGCUCUGUAGUGCAUCUUUUACGCAGUUACAUGCAGGCACCACAGCAUUCACAGUGACUUG